CAUGCAGUGUGAAUCACUCAUGAGUAAAUGAACGGUUGAGACACGGAGCUUGACGUGCCCGCGCUUGUCAGGUGGGAAGUUUUUAAAUGCGCGUGCAGGGAUCAGCUGUCCGUCUCAGUGAGCUGAGGACUAACGGACCCGCGGUAUCCUUAAUAUCCUCCAGACGGUAUAAAACAGAGAAGGCGGAAAAUCUUACUUCUUGGAUGUGGAAAAUGAAGAUCAGUUGGAUCUUUCUUUGUGCCGUUUGCCUCUGGUCUCCAGUUCACGGAACAGUCCAAUCCUCCAAUGCCUGUUCAUGUCAUGGUAAGGCACAGUACUGCAAAGGAGAUCACCUGGGACUCUACUGUAUAAACUGCCAGGGAAACACUGAAGGGCGGCACUGUGAAAGCUGUAAGGAAGGGUACUACCACCAGAGGGCAGGAGACAACUGUAUUCCCUGCAACUGCAACACUGCAGGUUCUGAAGGACCGGGGUGCAACAAUGAGGGACGGUGUAGCUGUAAACAAGGAGUUCAUGGAGACAAGUGUGACCGCUGUCGUGAUGACACUCCAGUCACUGCCGGUGGAUGUGAGCCUUUGAGGCUAAUCUGUCGGUCGCGCAGCAGCGGUCGCCUCACAUCUAAUAAAGAGGAGUGCCUGCCCUGCUUUUGCAAUGGCCAUUCGGAUGUGUGCGCCUCAGCUGAGGGAUAUUCCAUUCUCAACAUCACUUCAACUUUUGAAAAUGGACCUGAAGGUUGGCGAGCCGCCACCGCUCAAGGUGUGAACCCUUCACAGGUGCAAUUCAGGUGGUCUCCUACGCACAAAGACCUUGAGGUUAUCUCUAAGGAGAUCCUUCCUGUUUAUCUGUUUGCUCCAGCAUCCUUUCUGGGGAAUCAGGCGUUGAGCUACGGUCAGAUGCUCAGCUUCUCUCUGCGUCUGGAUAGAGGUGUCCGUCGUCCUUCCAUCUCUGAUGUUAUCCUAGAAGGAGCAGGUCUUAAGGUGUCUGCUUCAUUAGGAGACUUGAGGACUGUGGUUCCCUGUGGCAAGAAAGUCACGUACACUUUCAGACUGGACGAACAGCCUGGCAGCAAAUGGAAACCACAACUCUCAUCCAAACAAUUUCAAACACUUCUGAGCAACCUUACAGUCAUUAAAAUCAGGGGAACCUUUGGUGAAAAUGGACGUGGAUAUCUGGAUGAUGUGUCUCUGGUGUCAGCUAAACUGGGUCCCGGCACCCCUGCCACCUGGGUGGAAAGGUGCAGAUGUCCUGCUGGUUAUGAUGGAUUAUUUUGUGAACGCUGUGCCCUUGGAUACAGGAGACGUUUCCCAGGCCAAGGUCCCCAAAGCCCCUGUGAUCCCUGCUCCUGUCAGGGUGGAACAUGUGAUCCAGAAACAGGAGGCUGUUACUCAGCUGAUGAGAUACCAAAUCUGCAGAUGUGCCCUAAAGGUUAUUAUGUAAACCGCCAGCAGUCCAACUCCUGCCAGAAGUGUCCCUGUCCCGAGGGAGAGGCUUGCUAUGUUAUUCCAGGAACCCAGGAGGUGAUGUGUGCUCGCUGUCCCCGGGGGACUACAGGCUCUCGUUGUGAAAUCUGUGAUGAUGGUUUUUAUGGAGAUCCUCUGGGAGAGUAUGGCCGUCCCAAACAGUGCCAGCCUUGCCAAUGUUAUGGCCAUGUGGACCAGAACGCUGUUGGUAACUGCGACAGCCGAACAGGGGAGUGUAGGAAAUGCUUGAAUCACAGCACCGGCCCCAAGUGUGAGAACUGUGAAGAUGGAUACUACCACAUUUACCCCACAGAGCCAUGUCAGGCUUGUAACUGCAACCGACAGGGUUCUUUGUCAAAUUCAUGCAAUGAUAAAGGACAGUGCAACUGUAAGGAAGGUUACGAUGGACUCAGGUGUGACAGAUCAACAUGUCCUUCCUGCUUUAACCCAGUUAAGAACAAGAUAGAGGUUUAUGCAAGACAGCUGCAAGAAAUGGAGGAUUUAUUUAAUGGGUUUAAAGGCGACGGCGCUCCAGUCAGCGAUGCUCAGAUGGAAAGGACUGUUAGGGCCACAGAGGUCAUGGUGCAAAACCUGGAGUUUAGAGCAAACGAACUCACAAAUGCAGAGAAACAGCUUCAAGAAAAACUGGCGAGCAUUAGCCGAUCCCAGCUGAGAGAAGACAGAAAAAUGGAGGCUUUGUUGACAACAGUGGAUGGGAUCAGAAACAAGGAUGAGCAAUACAGAACAGAAGUUUCAGAGAUCCGUAAACUCAUCAGUGAGAUCAGGUUAAAACUGCAACAGGCCAAGCGGGACAUCCAGCAGGCUGAGUUUCCCUCAGGUGAUGCGGUACCAGGCGCUGACACCUUGUCUGAUUUGGUUCAGAGAGCUGCUGAUCUUGCUGAGCAGCACCAAGGUGAGGCAGUGACAGUGGAGACAACUGCAGCCAAUUCCCUAGCAGAAUCUGAGAAAGCCCUAGACUUCAUCCGUGGUGUCAUCGGCCGAGAAAAUAAUGUCAAAGAUGAGCUCAGGGACCUCAAAAAACAGUACGAAGCAGAUGUAACUAAAGUGCUUGACAUGGAUAGGAAGGCCAUUCAAAUUACUGACGCAGCUGGAAAGGAGAGUGGAGUGGCUCAGAACGCUAUCAAACUGUUAUCUGACCUGGAGAAGAAACUUCCAAAGCCCCUGACGGACAUUAUUGGUGUGGUUUCCAAGUUCGACGGUCUGAAGGGUAUGGUCGAUGGCAAUUUAUCACAGUACCAGGACUUUCAGCAAUAUAUCCUUAAGGAGCAGAUAGAGACAGACGAUUUUUUCAAUAAGGCCAAGAGUUUGCAGCAGGUUCAAGACAAACUUCUUGCCAGGGCAAAUGCAGCUGAAGCGGUUAAAAAUAAAUCUCUGGAAAUCUUUGCCAAUAACAAGGAUAGUCUAGACAAGACACUAGAAACGCUCAAAGGAUUUGAUGACCAGAUCAGUAGGAAUCAGGAUCUGGCAGAUGCCGCUAUUAAAAAACUUCCUGCCAUCAACGCCACCAUCCAGAAGGCCGAAGCUGACAACGUUAAGACCCAGGACAUCCUGGAUGCAAUGUCUGCUCAUUACAGAGAUGCUCAGGAUACUAUCGACUCUCUUACAAACAAUGCAACCAAACUGGAGAGAAUGUCAGCUACUCUUCCUCCCUCUUGGGAUAUUUUGGAAGCUGCCACUAAAUUGAAAAAGGAUGUGGACGGACUGAAGACGGGGGCUUCUGCGACUAGAGACAAACUGAACGAAGAGAAAAACAAGGCAAAAGCACAGAUAACUGAAGCAAAGAACGCUGUCAUUGAAUCCACUGGGGCACUUCAAAAUGCAAAGAACGCCAAGGACGCUGUUACUGAUACUUUAAAUACGAUCACUGAUAUUAUGAGCACACUUGUUCCAGGAACCUCUGGGAAAAUCGACGACACACGACUGGUCGAGCUAGAGAACGCCAUCACUAAAAGCCGCAGCCGCGUGGAGAAGGAGCUGAAGCCCAGACUCAGGGAUCUGGAGGAGAAGGAAGCCCAGCAGAGAGCCACCAUUGCAGGCAUGAUCAAUGACAUCGACACCAUACUGGCUGACAUUGCCAACUUAGAGGACAUCCGUAAAAGCAUUCCCAAUGGCUGUUACAACAUACCGCCCAUUGAAAGGCCGUAAAGGCUUUGAUUUAGUACAGGGCCAAAUCACAAUGUUACAUAGUUUCAUCUAUGAACUUACUGGCACUACGUUUAUUGUCAUAACUAAUUUUGUACUGUGUGAGAAUUUUUUAGUAUUUAUUUUUUUCAGUCGAAUUUUUCAAAAUAUAUUACUGUGAAGUUUGAAAUGAGGUAAAUGAUAUUUCUGUUUUGCGCAAGUGCCAAAGAUUUUUCAAAUUUGGGUGAUCAAUAGAUAAAUAUAUACCGUAUCUGUAAUCGAUCUAGAUAAGAAGCAUCUUAUCUUAUCCGGUUGCUUCUCCAUCUCCUUCGGCAUCUAGUGAAAAAUGCACAAAAAGAAAUGCACAAACUAACAAUUCUCAUUCUUUUGUGUUGUUUUGUUUUAUUAAAUUCAGUAUCGUCAUCAAGGACACUAGUUAUUUUCAUGGCAACAUACGUUUUGAGUUUUUGAAUGCUUAUCGAAUAGCCACUAUAAAGUAGAAAUAUAUUCAUAUGACAUUACGCAGACACACUUACACAUGCUUUACACCUUAGACAACUAACUAAAAAAAAAAUUAAUAAUAUCGACGCCUAAAAUUAAGAUCUACAGUUUUAGCAUCUUAAGAAACAGAACCUUAUAAUGUUGCACGGUGUUUUAUAUGUAUACAGUGAGAUUUAAUUUAAAAGCAAGAGGGCAAUAAAAAUACAAGAAACAAACAAUAUCAUCAACAAUAUCUAUUUUCGUCGCUUGUGGUUUUGAAUGAAGGCAUGAAGGAAGCAGUGAAGAUUGCUGAGCUACAGAAGCAUGCCAAAACCAUGAAAAAAUAUGUUUCCCACUAUUUUUUUACAUUGAGAGAAAACUGUGUCCUAGUGAUCUCCGACAUACUAGUUGCUAUAGUGACUGCUCAAUGAAAAUGAAAAAAAUAAUCAUGAAUUUAUGUUGAUACAAACAGUGAGGUAUCAGUGUGUGUUUAAUAAUUCUCUGUAUAUUAGAGAAGCAUAAUUAAAAAAAUUAAAUGGGGGUGUUACAUUAGUCUUUUAAUGUAUGUGACAAUGAACUCAACCGACCGACCAACGCUGGGUACGACGUGUUACAUAAGGAAUAUCUAAUAAAGUUACAAUUUCAGUAUU